AUGAGUGAAAAAAUAGUAAAUUACUAAGAUCUUCCAAUUCCUAAAAAUUCCUUUUUAUCAACUUAAAAUAGACUUUAGAUAUCUAUGAAUGGAAAAAAAGUUAGUAAUGAAGAGGUAUAGAUAGUAAGUUAAAGCUUAUAAAAUUGCAUAAAUCUUUAAUCUUUGAUAUUGAAUUUCAAAUAAUGCAAAACUAUUGGUGAGAAUAUUUUCUCAUGUUUAGGACCUGCCUUAGCAACUUGCACUAAACUUGCACAAUUUUCAAUUAAUUUUAACAAUAGCAAUAAUAUAGAUAGUAGCUUAUUUUAGAAUUUAGGUAUUGGGUUUGUAAGUUGUACUAACCUCUCUAUAGUCACCAUUAAUUUGAACAAUGUUAAAUAAAUAAAUCCAAAAUAUCUGUACAGCUUAGGCUUCGCUAUAGGAUAAUGCAAUAGUCUUACCUAAUUAACGAUAGACUUAAGCAACAAUAAAUUAAGUGACGAUACUAUUUUAUCAAUCUUAGGAACUAACUUAGCUAGUCUUAUAAAUCUUUCUAGGUUAUCUAUCAGCUUAAAAAAUAAUAAAUUUGGAAUAAAUGGAGUGUCAAGCUUUGUUUCUAGUUUAGUUAAUUGUGUUAAUCUGACAUCCCUAUUUCUUUAGCUCUAGACAAACAACAGUUUUGGUUAAGGCACUUUAGAUUUUGGUUCUGGAUUUUAUAAUCUUACUUCCUUGGAAUUCUUUAUUGGAGGCUCCACAUUUUAUGAGUACAUUGAACUUGGGCUAUUUAAUGGAUUAUCUUCCUGCAUUAAUCUCUAAGACUUGAAUCUUUAGUUAUACGGUCUUAGUAAAUAAGAUAGCAUGUACUUAAUAUCUAGUUUAAGAAGCAUACCUAAACUUCAAAAAUUUAUUGGUAAUUUCUAAUCAUAUUAAUACGAUGAAGAGUUUGCUUAAUAUAUUGGAUCUGAAUUAGGAAGCUACUAAAAACUUGAGUAUUUAGACUUGGAAUAUAAUUUUAAAGUCAACUUUGAAAAAUCUAUCAUAAACCUUAGCUCUGGAUUGUCAAAUUGCCCUAAUCUUUCUAUCUUAAAAUUAUAACUAGGUGGAUCAAAUGAUGAAGUUAGAUAUGAGACUACUUCAGCAUUUACUUAAAAUUUAGCUAAUUGUCCUAAACUCUCCGAUUUGUAGCUUCACAUUUGGACUCAUAAUGAUCAUAAAUUAGCUGAUGAAAGUGUGAAAGGCUUGGGUUUUGGAUUAGCAAAUUGUAACAAUCUCAUAACUUUAAAACUUAAUUUAAACAAUAAACGAAUUGGUUCUUAAGGUAUUUCAGGUUUAUUUUCUAGCUUAGAGAAGUGUUAAAAGUUAUCAAUUCUAAAUGUUAAUUUGAGUUGGAACAAAAUUUGCUUUGAAGGUGUAAAAAGUAUUGGUGUUUCCUUGACAAAGUGUAAAAAUCUCACAUGUCUCUAAUUAAAUUUACAAUAAAUUAAUGAUGAAGAUAAUUAAUUAGAUGAAGAUAACAAAUAAUACUUCAAAAGGAUUGUUAAUAAAAUAAAGAGACUAGUCAAAUAAUCAUUAAAAUUUUGA